AUGAAUUUUGACCAGAAGGCUGUGAAAUUCCUGGCAAAUUUUUACAUCAAUGGAGGCAAACACUGGACUCGGGGGCCUCUGAGUCAGCAACCUUUUCAUCCCACGCAGCCGGAGGCUGCUGUUCUAUGGUGGGACCAGGAGCUUGAGGCAGCCUGGGAUGAGAUGUGGUCCCCAAAGACGAAGAGGGCCCCAAGUGGCUUCAGAAUGGGUGCCCCCAAAGAGUCCCCAGGUUUCAGCACAGGGACCCUGAAGGAGCUGUUGCUGGAACGACGCCCUCCGAUCCUGACCGACCUGGAUGUCCCUGGUCCCACCGCGUACGAGGUGCCCAGUGCGUCUCUGCGGGAGUCCUCUCCACAUCCCCAUUACAGCAUGGGCCGCAAGUACCCUGGCCGAGAGGGUGGUGGCCGCAGGGCAUGGCAGACCUUGUGGUUCCAAAGUGAAAGUCCCUUCAUACAGAAGACCGACUUCAACCAAGAGCGAAAGUGGCCAUCACCCGCCGAGUACAGGCCUCUGAGCCAGCCUGCCUUCCCGGCCUUCAGCUUUGGACGCCGACGCCGCUCCUCUGUCAAGAUACCAGAAAGUCAUUCACGUCCAGGGAUGCUUCGAGCCCGAGGUCCUUCUACCUAUGUUCCACUCUCGACUGCCUCACAACCCUCUGGCGAGAAGCGACCCAGCCCUAACACCUAUAACAUCCUUCCUGGGUUCCGUAUGCAGAGCACUCGUUCGCCUGCCUUCUCCAUGAGUCGCUCUCCAGCGUUUGCCUCCUGGGCCAGCUCCUCCCGAACCCCAGGUCCGGCUGCAUACUACGUGGAAGACUGCUACAAUUCCCGCUUCCCAUCUCCGCCUGGAGUAGUCAUCCAAGGAGUGCGCAGACCCAAGCGUCACGACACAGGCCCCUUCUGCACACUGUAG